AUGGAGAAACCUGUAUACAUAGGAAUCCUCGAUGAUAGAGUUGAGAUUCCUUACGAUCAAACUUCAACAAAAAUGGGAGGCAUCCCUCACUGGAUUGCCGGUGAACCAAAAGAUGUUAACAAAUUAAAAUGUGAUAAAUGCGGUAAAAAAUUAGCUUUACUUACAAGUGCGGUCUGUCCGGUUUCUCCAGGCUAUGAUAGGACCCUUUACUUAUACAUUUGUCCAAAAUGUGGACUUACAGCAAAAUGUUAUCGUCAAAAAGCAAAAGCAGUCGAAGAUGAUUGCGUUUUAGCAACACCUACACCAGAGCCAGAAAAACCAAAGGUUGAAAUUGGCGCUGCUUCAAAGGAUGAUUUAAUGGCUGCUAUCAGCUCAUUCGAUUCUUUUGAACCACCAGCUAAAGGAAAAGGAAAAGGUGGCAAGAAUGUCAAAAAGCAGAAAUACGAAGAUGGCGUUUUUCCAGCAUAUUAUGUCGAUAUCGAUCUUGAACCAGAAGCCCAACUCGAUCCAGACCAGAAAUUCAUCAUGGCAUCAUCCAACGAUUCAAUGGGAUCAGCAUCAGAAUUCGCUGGCGAAGAAGACAGAAAAGAUGUUGAUCCAAUCUUAAUCGAAUACAAUGAACGUAUCUCUAGAGAGCCGGAUCAAGUUCUCCGUUACUGUUUUGGCGGUGAACCUCUUUUACAGGAUCAGAUGACAAUCGAAGUACCAAAAUGCCCCAAGUGUGGCGCCGAUCGUUGCUUCGAGUUCGAGGUUAUUCCUGUUUUCAUCAAUUAUCUUGCUCCGCAAAACUUCGAUAUGGACAUUGGUCCGAUUCUUGUUUACACGUGUUCCAGGGACUGUGGGGAGGGGUCCUGCGAAGAACAUGUAAUUGUUUGCCCUCCAUAA